UUUAAAUGUGAAGUUUUGUUUUUCCUGCAGUUACAUAUAUGGAACGCUUAAUACCCUAUAAAUAUGCUUCGAGCUUUAUAUUCGCACUCGUACAGUUGGCGUUUCACAAGUAUUGUCCCAUGCAGCACCUGAUUGUAAUUUGCUAACGUAUUAUUCUGUUCAUGCUGCGGUGACUUGGCAAGUACAUGUUAAGUCCUUUACUCUUAACUUUGGUUGUGAUCAGUCUUAGCAGGGUUUCAUGAAAGUAUUUUGUAGCUCCCACCACCUUACUCGUUUCUAGUUUCCUAAUGCUGUAAAACGGAAAUCCUGCCUAGCAGUCUACUCCAGAAGCUAUGCAGGUCCUGUCUUCCCAUAGCUAGGUUUUAGAAUCGCUGUGCGUGAACCAAGAAUUAGUGCCUUUGUCAGAGGUAAAAAUGUGCUUAAACUUGGUGGUGGCGGUGAAAAUUUGAACCUAAUCUGCGUUCCGGCAAAAUAAUCUGGGACGCGUGGCAGCUGCAGCAGCAGGCGAUGUGGGUCACUUGACAUCGCUCACUGCACGGCGUGGUGACAUCGUUUGCAGAACCCGACCGGGGAAGUUUGCCACCAAUGGCUACAAAAGCCCCGUCAGAACCCAGGGUUGAAGAGCACGCAAUCCACCACGUUGGGGUGUGUGGCCUCGGCUACGUUUUUAAAGUAGAUGUAAAAUGUAAUAUUGAGGUUGCCAUACAUUUUCCUGUAAUUUGUAAUAUACAUUGGUAUUGUGUUGCAAGUCCGAGAAAUUGUGCGUUGCCAAUUGUAAUCUUAAAUAAGUUAAUGCAGUGCGAAAUGUAAUAUAAACAAAACAUUGGGUUAAAUAACUAGGUUGGUUUUCUUGGUUCUUUCGGUGACUUUACUGAAAGAACCAAGAAUAUGAAUCCCUGCAGUCACGAAAGAUUUAAAUCAAAACUAGGUUGGUGUAGAAUGCGGUAUCGUUAAGAGGGAUAAAAGAUAGACAAACUGCUCGUACAAUUUAAAUAAGGUGUGUAGCAAUGUUUCUAAGAAUUGAGGCCAACGCAGGGAGUUCCUGUCAACGGGUGACCAAUUAUGAAUUAGAGCAUAUAUUGGAAAAAUUGCUAUUAGCAUGAGGUUCUAAAUGGAGAGAAAUUGUUGCCAGGAAUGUAUAAUGUAAGUCGUGAAACUUUAAGAAGCUUUGAGAAGACUGACUUUUGACAAGUAGAAUUGAGAGCUCGAGGAUGAUGGCACGAGAAUGCUGCAUGCAGUUGACGGCUGCUGUGGAACAUCGGUGCUGCGGUGGGGGAGAUGCAAGACGUGGAAGCCAAGGGUUGAGAAUAUACAUUGGAUGCCACCAAUGUUUUUUAAUAUUACUGUUUGUAUAUUGGCUGGGACUGGUAAUGAUAUAUGGUACAAUGUACCAAGGUUUGCGUCCUGAAUAGGUCUGCUCUUAAAUGGAGAUGGUGUCUGCAAUACAAUGCCAAUGAAUAGUUUUUUCUUUAUUUGAUGGAGCUUCUAAAAUGUCAGCCGGAUUUCCAAACUGUAGCACAGCUGGACGUACAUCCUGCGGAUCAAGGAGGUUUAUUUAGUAUCGAGACAACCUUAGGCCACGUAAAAAGAGGAUGUUCUAGAAUUUCAACGUGAGCAAGGCCAGCAAGUCGACAGCACAGAUGGCUAGAGGGAGUUUCAAAUUGGAGGUAGGGGAGUCGAAAAUGACCUCCCACCGAAGGCAGAGCCCUUGGUUUCGAAAAAGGGACUGCUUAGAGGGGAGUCGUGCGAUGAGAUGGGAGUAGCCAGAGAGGUGUGUGUGGGGGGGGCAAGGCAAGCCCAUGGAGGAUGUUGGAUUGGGAGCCAGUGGAGGGAUCUGGGUGUCGGGGUGACGGUCUCGGUUAUGAGUGCUGGUUAGCUGGGGCUGAUGUAGUAGAUCUCUUGGACUGGAAUCUACCGAAUGGGGCUGGCCUCCAUAUUGAUCGGGACUGGAUGGUGAAUGGGGCUGACCUCUUGAAUGGGUGGCUGGCGCGCUCUGCGUGCUGCUGCAUGAAUGAGUGAGCGAGGGGGGUCGCCUCGCCUCUACAAAAGCCGCGGCGGCAAGUCCGCGCGCUCACUCCGUGGGGCGCGCCACGCGAGAUCGGGCGCCGUGCACACGGGGACAGAGACAGUGACAGUGAGACGCGCGACACGGGGACAGAGACAGUGACAGUGAGACACGCGACACGGGGAUAGUGACAGUGAGACAAGCGACACGGGGACAGACAGUGAGACACGCGACACGGGGACAGACGGUGACAGACACGCGACACAGGGACAGAGACGGUGACAGUGAGACGCGACACGGGGACAGAAACAGUGAGACACGGGACACGGGGACAGAAACAGUGAGACACGCGAUACAGACAUACACACAAGUGAGACACGGGACAGACAGUGAGACACGCGACACGGGGACAGACGGUGACAGACACGCGACACAGGGACAGCCAGAGAUGACAUGGAUACUGCUGUCAAUAACAGGGAACGGACUUUCUGACACACAGACACUGAUCGAACUAAGAUGGUAAUAAUCAUUCAUAGGCAGACGGGGAGACACGUGGGCUGACAUGAAUGCAACUGAAGUAGGAGCAGCAGCAGCAGCAAGCAUGCAGAUGGACGCGGACGACGUGUUGACCAAGGAAGGGCAAAUGCUGCUGCUGCUCGUCCCCAGGCAGCAGUGCGAGAGCAUCAUCCACAGCUUCAACCACACGCCAGGCUCGUUGUGCCCUCCGGAGUGGGAUGCCAUCUUCUGCUGGCCUCCGACGCUGCCUGGACAGUGGGUGAACGUCUCGUGUCCCCAUUACAUCUAUGACUUCAACCACAAGGGGCAGGCGUACAGACGGUGCGACGAUGGUGGACAGUGGUUGGUGGCGCCCAACCAAAACAAAACGUGGACCAACUACAAUGAGUGCAUGCAGAUGACCAGCCACGAUGACAACUUGGAGGAGAUCCACCGCCUGUACACGCUCUCCACCAUCGGCUACUCGGUGUCCAUGGCCUCGCUCUUCGUCGCACUCUCCAUCCUCGCCUACCUCAAGAAGCUGCACUGCACACGCAACUACAUCCACAUGCACCUGUUCGUGUCCUUCAUCCUGCGAGGGGCGAGCUUCUUCGUGUGCAACAUCAUGAUCGAGGCGGUGAUGCCCAAGGCGGGGGCCAUCGUGGGCUCCUGGGCCGAGGGCGGCGACGCCGACGCGGUCUUGCUGGAGGAGCUACGGACCUUCACGGCCGUGCCGACGCUCGACAAGUCCCCCUACCUGGGCUGUAAGUUGUCCGUCAUCUUCUUCCUCUACUUCCUGGCCACCAACUACUACUGGGUGUUCGCCGAGGGUCUCUACCUGCACAGUUUGGUCUUCAUGAGCUUCUUCUCCAACCGCACCAAACACCUGUGGACCUACAUCUUCAUCGGCUGGGGGUUCCCGACGCUGUUCGUCGGCGCCUGGGCCGUCGUGCGUGCCGUGCUCGCCGACACCAGAUGCUGGAACAUCAACGCCGGCAACAUUAAGUGGAUCUACCAGGCACCCAUGAUCAUUGCAAACACAGUGAAUUUCGCUUUCUUUGUCAACAUCGUUCGUGUCCUGGCGACGAAACUACGGGAGACGAACGCCGGCCGCUAUGAUGCUCGGCGUCAGUACACGAAACUGGCGAAGUCCUCGCUCGUGCUGACGCUGCUGUUCGGAGCGCACUACAUGGUGUUUGCCGGCAUGUCGGAAUCCGUGGACGGGUGGCUCUGGAAGGCGCGCAUGUACUUCGAUAUGUUCUUCAACUCGCUCCAGGGCUUAUUCGUGGCCAUCAUCUACUGCUUCUGCAAUGGGGAGGUUCAGAAUGAAAUCCGCAAGGCGUGGGCUCAGUGGAAUCUGGCUCAGGACCUGGACAGGAGGAGCCGCAGGGGCUCGGGCCUGCUGGGCACGGGCGGAGGCCACAGGGCCGGGGCGUCGCGUCGGCGCCGGCCCUCGUGGCCCUCCUCAGCGGGCGCUGGCGGCACGUCGCAGCAACCCUCGACCCACGUGUGCAGCGAGGAGGGGGGCGCCACGGAGGACGCUGGGAAGGUGGCGGUGGCCGCCCCCGUUACCGUCACCUUCUUUUCCAAGGACCCACAGCACCAUCGCGGCCACCAGUGGCGAUCCAAACACUCGCACGAGUCGGUGAUUUGAGGCAGGAUGAGGCCGGGGAUCAAGGUAUUUGUGUCUGUGUGCUUGCGUGUGUGCGUGUGCGCCAGUGGCGUAGCUAUCAAGUGUGCAGGAGGUGCAACUGAACUGUGGCCCUCUGGCUGCUGGGGCCCAGGUGCCAGAUUACUGAAAUUUAGGAAAUGGACAAGGAGCCCCAUAUCUUGCCUUGAAUCUGCACCUAUUCCAACCAUGUCAUGCCACUGCUAGUUUAGUUAUGUUAUAGCUAACACAUGGAUAUGUCCUGUGAACUGUCAGCGAGUUUUCGAUGCUUCAUGUGACCACAGAGUACACCUAAUCUGGCACAGGUACUUAAGUGACAUCACCAUCACCACUUAGGGGUGAAUGGCAACUGUUGUUGUAGUACGUUGGUAUGUGCAUCCAUGUUUGUGUUUUACUAUUGACAAAAGUGCUUCUUGGGAGGGAAAGAGAAAGCACACAACGUGUUUCAGCAUCGACUUCCUUACAUACGAUCUUGCUCAGCGACCAGGGUUGGUGGACCAUUUGAUGAUGAGCACAUGUUGGUGAUCCGAGAAGCCUAACAGAACCAUAGAGAGUUUUCACUGCGCAGCUGUUGAGAGAAUCAAGGAGAUGAACCGCUAUCAAGGAAGAGACUCUCUGAGUGAAACGACGACUUACAACUCUCAGAUGUUUUCUGCAGCAGCCCGUCGAGGUGCUUCCGCUGUGGACGUCGUCACACCAAGUCGCUGCAUACUCGAGCGGGAUUUCCAACAACGGUGGAUCUGACAUUGAAGUUAAACUAAUGGGAUCUCUGCUGAAAACACACAACCUGGGUGAAUUAUUUAUGGUGCAUUAAAAAAAAACACUCAACUUUAUUUAUUUACAAUUAACAUUUAUUUUAUAAUUUUAAAAAUGUGUCAAACAAUGUUUAAUGUUCCACUGAGACCAUUUUAAGUUAUACCUGACUGCAUUGUAACAUGGUAUGUAAUGUGUAUUAGCUCCUGUUAAGAUCGCGCGUUAUUUAUUUUAGCGUUUUGUCGCGCCGUGGUGGCGUGUAGCUGAUGAUGUGUGGGACAAUGGCAGCUCCGCGGUUCCUGGGGCGCUGCGUGCCCUCUCCCGUCUCGCUAGCUGGCCACUUCUCUCCCUGUCGCCUUUCAUCACCGUCCCACAAAGCUUCCCGACUGCGAGCGGACAAAGAACAUCAAUGUAUUAAACUGCCUAUUUCAUCCAUAAUAAAUGUUUUUUUUGGGUUAGAUCGUGUAAAUAUAAAUGUGUCGUUAAACCCGCCACCACCCGACAGCCAAUGAGUAAGGUUUGUCACAUCAACAAAACGUGUCAAUUCACUACUAGUUCAGCACACCGGUGUGUUGGAGAGUAAACUCACACAAUUUACAAUUCGAAUAUGACAUUUCGCUGGUGAUUACAACCAGCUCCAUCAGGCAAUAGCCAGAAUUGUGAAGACAGUCCUAUUUGUAUCUACGCAAUCUAACCCGAAAAAAGCCUUUAUUAUGGAUAAUAUUGGUCGCAAAAGCCUAUGUGUUAAACUGCCUAUUUCAUCAUCAGCAUCGUGAUGAUCAGCCGUGAUCUAUCAACUGCUGAAUGAAGUAAUUUACCAAGCCGUCGUCGUCUUUCACAAAUCUGCGAUUUACCAAUCCGGAGAGCACCUGCGGCGAAUGCUGAUUUCAUCACUCCAUCUCCCUGGUGGAUCUUCUCUCCGGCCCCUUCCCUCAUCUGGCUGCCACUUCAUCGUCAGUCUCGACCACUGGCACGCAUCCCAUCUCUGGAUGUGCUCUACCCAAGCUUAUUUGUCUGACAAGUCAAUAUUGUUUUCCAGUGCAUGUGUUCCUCUUGCUGUGUGUGUCACUCCAAGCAUGCACCGCUGUGCUCCUUUGCACACUUUUCAGCCCCCCCCUCACGCCAUCCUAAGAACGUUCUUCUUUAGGCGCAUUGGUACGCUCAUUUUUAUAUUAAGCUCACUUUUACAAGAGCAUUGCAACCUGCUCUCGUUUGUCUCUUUAUUUCAUGAUUUUGAUUUGCUGACAUUCUCUGCUCGCCACAGAUUCUGCUGUAUGUUGAACUUCUUUCACUCCGUAUGUAGCCAAACCGUGCUAUUUUCUAGUUGUGUGCCUUUGACUUCUCCACUAGUUAAGUGAACUUGUUGUUGUUGUUGUUGUUGUUUUACGUGACGUUCCUAUUGCUCAUGUCUAUCCUGGGUACAACUGAGCAGCCGCCUUUAUUAAUUAUGUAUUUAAUUUCCUGUAGUUCACUUCCAUUAAUUGUUGUAAGGACUGUUAGUAGCAAAUCUGAACAGGGUAAAGCAUAUUAUUAGUUCUUUCGGUAAAGUCACAUUGGAGGGAAACAAUAAAAUAAUAAAAUAUAUAUAAAACAAUAAAAUUCUCACGACGUUUCGACUGUAACACAAACAGUCAUCAUCAGGUGUGAAAACCAA